CGGGGUGGAAGGAGGGAGGGGGGACCGCUGCCUUGCUCGCUCGCUCGCUGGCUCGCACGCUUGCUCCCGGGCUGCUGCAGCAGCGGCGGCGGCGGCAGGAACAUCCCCCAGGGCUCUGGGAAAAGAAGAGAAGGAUAUCCUGUUGCUGCUCUCUCCCCUUCCCCCCACUAUCCUAUCCCUCCCCUAUCCUAUCUCAAGAUGGCAUCCAGUGGCUCUGAAGGGACAGAGAUGAAGGGGGAUGAGGAGGGUACCUCAGCCCAGGGCGAAGGGACUGGAACAACUCCUGGAGCAGAGACUACCCUUCCCCAGACUCCAGCUGGGGCCCAGGACAUCACAGAGGCCCCCCAAAUGGGUUCAGAUUCCACCAGACCCUCCGAUAAAGGCCCAGAAGUGGGGACAUCUGAACGGGCAAUAAAAACUUCAGAGGCACUAGAAGGGACCCCAAACCCAGCCAAGGACACAGACUCCAUACCAGACCCAGGAAGUUCACAGACAGAACAGACCCCUGCAGCAGACUCACAUUCUCAGCUAACACCACAAUACUACAAAGAAUCUGUCCCAGCUCCAGGAGGGAGCAAAGAGUCUGCCCCAGAAGAGAGUAAAAAGCCAGCCCCAGAAGAGAGCAAAAAGCCAGCCCCAGAAGGGAGCAAAGAGCCAGCCCCAGAAGGGAGCAAAGAGCCAGCCCCAGAAGAGAGCAAAAAGCCAGCCCCAGAAGAGAGCAAAAAGCCAGCCCCAGAAGGAAGCAAAGCGCCUACCCCAGUCCUAGAAGUAAACAAAGAACCAUCUCCAACCACAGGCCCAGAGGCAGAACAGGGGACUAAGCAGGAAGCAGUGUCUGACCUCAGGCCUGUCCCCCAGCCUACAUCUCCUGUCCAAAAGGCAAUGCCCAUCUCCACAACCCCUGAGGACCUAACAGAGGACCUGAUGGAGAAACAAGAGAAUGGAGCUGUAGUGCCAAUGAAGGCUGGAGAAGGGGACAAGAGCACAAUCUCUCAGCCCCACUCUCCUCCUGCACCCAAGGGCCCUCCAGCCAAUGGGGCACCCCCAAAGGUGCUACAGCAGUUGGUGGAUGAGGAGAGAGGAAUUGGGGGGCAUGGUACAAAGUCUGGCUCCCCCCGAGGCAGCCUGAGCCGCCAGCCCAGCUCCCUGCUGGGGGGGCCAGGAGGUGAGGGGGGUGAAGGGGUCCCAAAGCCACGGGACUACAUCAUCAUCGCCAUCCUUUCCUGCUUCUGCCCAAUGUGGCCUGUCAACAUUGUGGCUUUUGCUUAUGCCAUCAUGUCUCGGAACAGUCUACAGCAGGGUGAUGUGGAUGGAGCUCAGCGCUUGGGACGGGUGGCCAAGCUGCUGAGUAUCGUGGCAUUGGUUGGAGGGGUCCUCAUCAUCAUUGCUUCCUGUAUCAUCAACUUUGGAUUAUUUAAAUGAGAGGUUCUACCCUGUGCCCCUACGACUUUUUCUUCUGAACUACCAGGGGUCCAUCUCUUACCUGGGGUGAGGCCUAAUGAUGGCCCCUACCACCAGCCCUUGAUCCUACAAAGACUAAGGGAACUGGAACAGGGCCUUGUUUACAGUAUUCCUUUCCUCUCCUUUCCCUCCCCACGUCCACCUCAUUCACUUUUCCCAGCCCCUCUUCUAUCCUCUUAGAUUACCUGCCAAUCUUUCCUCUUUUUCUUCUUUCCACCCCCUUGUCCACCUUCUUACUCCCUCCCCUGCCUCCCUUGUUUUCUUCCCAUAUUCUCAGCCUCCUUUUCUUUCUUCAUGCCCUUCUCCCAACCUCUCUUUUCUUCUCAUCAUCUUUCCCAGCCCCAAUCUGCCCUUUUCUCUCAUUUCCCUUUCCAUCCCCUGCCUCAAUUUCUCAUCUUCCCCCUUCCCCUUUCUUGGGCAUACUACAAACCCAAUAGUCUGAAGUGGGGGCUGUGGUGGGUGACCUGACCCUGUUCCCCACCUCCAGCUGAAUAGACUGAUCUUUCCCAAAGCCUGCCCUCCUCCUUCCCUCACAGAAGGGGUUGACAGGGGCUCUGCCCAGUUCAAGUUGGGGAAGGGAGUGAUGGUGGGACAUCCUCCUGGGAAUGAUAUGCAAAAACAAAACCCCAGCCUAUCUCUGACUGUUCAUUCUCUUCAAAGACAAUUCCUGGGAGUAGACUUAAAGGUCUACCCUCCCAAAUAUCUCCCUAUGAAGCAGAGUAUGGGGAGAGAGCUGCACUGAGGGGCAUGAGGGGAAGGGAGGGGGGUGGGCCUUAAAGAGUGGGGUGGGGGGAGGGGGUGCAUUGCUGUUUGGUUUGCGAUGCCUGUUCUACUCACAUACCACGCAUGAGGGAAUAGAACUGGGGUGGGUGAUUUCUAACCCGGGGCGUACAGGCCCAGUCGAAUUAUCCAGGCGCUGUGCCCCGGUCCACGUCCCCCUCCCCUGGCUGCCCCAAAGGAGAGGAUUUUAACAGCUUAUUUAUGUAUUAGUUUAUUUAUAGGGGGAGGGUUAUGCCAUUCACAUGCUUUGUAAGAAAAAAAAAAGCCAAAAAAUCGGACCAAAUGCCCAGCGGCUGAGCUCGAAGCCUGGGC